AUGAUGAAAUAUAAAGAUAUUGUGCCAAUUGGUACCGUUUUAAUCAUUGCAUCCACCUCAUUUGGUCUCGGAGCAAUCUAUGCCAACUGGCCCUAUGACUUGAACACAUUAUGGCGUGCCACUGACCCCAAUGCAUUUGCCAAAUCAUUAGUUCAUUACCAAACAUGGGCCCAAGCACCAAUGUACGUCCAUUAUGUUUUGCAUGCCGUGGGGUUUAUUGGUCUUGUCGGUCAUUUCAUCAAGCUUUAUAAGCCAGACGAAGAGGCAAAAUAUUUCGAAUAUGGAUCAUUAGCAUUAUUUAUGAUUGCUAUUGUCAUUUACUUGACCAAUUUACGAACUGGGAUUAAUGCUGCCAUCACUGGUGAAUGGGGUGAAGUUGAUUCCAAGACUGGGAUUAAUGUAAUUGCUGCUUCUCAAGUUAUGAUUAUUUUAGUUCUUGUUGGUGUUUUGGUAUUGCAAGGUGGUUUAUAUUAUGCUCAAUGGUAUGAUGAAGAAUUGAAAAAGGAGUUUUAUGAGACUGAAGCUAGGGAAGCUGCGUUGGCUGCUGAACGUCAAGCCAAGCAGGAGGAGGACAUUAUUGCUUCCACUAAUGAGGGUGGAAGUGAUGAUGCUAAUGUUGAGAUUAUUGCCGAAAGUGAUAGAACUGCAAUUGACACUAAGGGAAAGAAGAAGAAAUCAAAUACUGUAAAGAAGAGGAAAUCUUAG